UUAAAAAACACAGCAGACAUUCAGCCAGCGUGUGCGAUAAACGCGCCAAAAUUGGCAGCGCGUUCACUCCCUCGCCAAGAGAGAAACGUUGGUGAUUCAGCCUGGUUUAGAGGAGCCUUACUGAAAAUAUUGCGUAAAUUUCCACUCAUAAUAAUUUAAAUUGCGAAAAUCUCACAAUUAGCACAUAAACACACUAUUCAGAACCACAAUUCUUUCGAAAGUGCGCCGUAGUAUUCAAAAGUGGAGUACGCCGUCUUGCCAGGUGAAACUAGUCGAUAUUUCCGUGACGUCAAAUAUUCGAAAAGUGGGGUAGGGUUUGGUUAAGGCUACUAUAAAGGCUCUAGUAGCUCUAGGGUUUGGAAAUACGCUCCCUUGACGUCAGAAGCAGCGAAUCUGGGGGCGUAUCUUUGAUGUGACAUCAUCUUUAACGUAGUUUGGAUGUCACGUGACCUCCCUGCGCGUUUGGGGAUUUAGCGCUGACCAACUUUUUUUUUUUUUUUUUACAGGGUGCUUAUACAUUGCGCAAAUUAAAAAAUAAUGAAGUGAAACAAUUCAUUAAAUAAAAAUUAAGGAUCGAAAAUGAUUAAUUAAAGGAAAUAGAUGUUUGGUAAAUAAGCGAAAAAAUGUGAUCUUUGUUCAAGUAAACGGAAUAAAUUUUCAUCACCUGAUUAGUAAGAAAACUGUCAGCUGAAAAGUACUUUUUCCUUUGAUUUUGUAAUUGAAAAUAGAUUGAUGUGUACAUGGACGAAGUCAAGGGUGUGCGCAAUGCCGAGUUUGUGCAAGUCUCUGAUUUUUUUUAUGUGACAAUAGGUCGAUGUGUAUAUGGAUACCGAGUUUGUGCAUUUCUUAAAAACGCGCCAAGCAGUGUUUGAUUCUUCACUUUCCCCAUUUUAAGAACAAAGGUUGGAAAUUUAAAAAGUCUGCAUUAAGAUAUUGCGAAAAUUUGGAAAUGCAUACUCAACCAGGGAAGCCACAUACAUGUGAUACCUGUGGUAAAUCAUUUCGGCAGAAAAGUGAUUUGAACAAGCACAUAUUCAUCCACAGAGGUGAAAAACCACAUAAGUGUGAAAUAUGUUCCAAGGCAUUUGUGCGAAAAAAUGCUUUAAGGAUACAUGUUCGUAUCCACACAGGCGAAAAACCAUACAUAUGUGAUGUAUGUGGCAAGUCAUUUGCACAGAAGUGUUCCUUAAAGCAACAUGCAUAUGUUCAUAUAGGUGGGAAAGAGCAUACAUGUGAUAUCUGCAAGAAGAAAUUUACACACAAACGCAGCUUGAGUACUCACAUGCAUAUUCAUAUAGGGAUAAAAUCUCAUGAAUGUCAUAUGUGUAAGAAAUCAUUUCUAUUACAACAACAUUUAAAGGCACAUAUGCUCAUUCACACAGGUGAGAGACCCCAUGUCUGUGAUAUAUGUUCCAAGUCAUAUGUAUGCCAAACUGACUUAAAGACACAUAUUUAUACUCACACAGGUGAAAAGCCAUAUGAAUGCAAGAUGUGUAGCAAGACUUUUUCACGAAGAACUGGCUUAAAGCGACAUAUGAAUAUUCAUACUGGUGAUAAAUCUCACAUGUGUAAUAUAUGUCAAAAGACAUUUGCCUGGUUUAAUGCUUUGAAGCAGCAUAUUUCUAAGCAUACAAGUGAGAAACUUUUUGUUUGUGAUAUAUGUCAUAAGUCAUUUGCACAAAAAACUAACUUAAAUAGACACCUACUUUCUCAUACAGGCGAGAAACGGUAUAAGUGUGAUGUUUGUGAUAAGCCAUAUGCAGACAAAUCUAGCUGGAGCAAACACAUGCAUACUCAUUUAGGUGAGAAGCAACAUGAUAGUGAUCAAAAUAAUGGGGAAAAUUAAAACUUGGAUAAGCAAAAAAUUGAAAAACCACAUGAGGAUGAUAUUUGUUUCAGCUCCUUUUCUUGUAAGGAGGCUUUGAGCCAGCAUAUGCAUAUGCAUACAGAUGAGAAGCCUCAUGAAUGUGUGAUAUGUUACAAAUCGUUUACUGACAUGGGCUCUGUAUGGCAACAUCUGCAUACUCCCACUGGUGAAAAAGCCGUAUGAAUGUAAUAUAUAUGAGAAAUCCUUUGCACUUCGAGAUAGCUUAAAAAGACAUGUGUGUAAUAUAUGUAACAAGUCAUUUUCACAGCAUUCGAGAUUUACAAAGCAUCUGUUUGACCACUGAACUGAGGAAACAGAAGUGGGUAAAAAUGAAAAAGACAAGAAGCAGCUAGAAUGUGAUAUAUGUUUUAAGACUUUUGAUUAUGUAGGGGAGUUACAAGAACAUGUCUUUGCUCAUAUGGCUGAAAAAUCACUUAAAUGUGAUAGAUGUAGAAAAUCAUUUGCUCUUCAACAGAACGUAAGCAAACAUAAAUAAGCCAAUUUAAGUAAAAAACAAUAUAAAUGUAAUGUAUCUGGCAAAGCAUUUUCACUGUAUUACCUCUUAAUUGGACGUAUGCAGCAUAUACAUGGAAAUGACAAACCAAUGUGUCUGAAAACAUUUCUCAACAAACAAGUAUUAAAUUAAAUGAAUCUGGUGUAUGUUUGAAACCAUAUACAGGUCUAGAAGACAUACAGCUGUGUUCAUCCAUCAAAACAAACGAGAUGCCCCAAGCUUGGCGAGUAAAAAUGCAACGGCGCCAACGGGUUCUCUGUGGAUGAAAACCCGAAUUAAACAAACACAUGCUUGUCCAUUCAGGUGAAGAUCCAUAUGAAUGUAAGGUAUGUUGCAAAUCAUUUUCUCGUAAAAGUGAUUUAACUAUACAUGUGCACACUCAUUUAAAUGAUUAUCCACAGGAUUAAACUGUGUUCUAAAGCUGUUAAACAACACUGGAUUUUAAUCGGAACUGAAAUGAUCACAUAGGUCAGAAAUGUGGUGUAUGCAUGUAAAAGUGGCUAGUAGUCAUUUGCAAGUGAAAAAUAUGCAGCUCUGAUAUUAUUAGAUUAUGAGACAUUAUCAACUCAUUGCUUAAAGUAUAGUGUUUUGUUAAGGGCUGUUAUACUCUAGGGUCUAGGUAGUAGUGGAUUUCGGUGCCUAUAUUCUUCUUAUACAGGACAAAGUCUGCGAUUUAAAAUCAUAAGGACUGCAGACAUGCACUGAUGACAUGCAAACGUGGCAUGUUCAGAGCUGCACCUGUGUAGAUCGUAGAGAAAGAUGCUAACCUGCCACAGCCACACAAGAGACUCAAAUGAGAGUGUGGCCAACAUCAGUGUGUUGUCAUUUGUCCCCUGUGAUUUCCUAACCUGUAGGUAUCUGAAAAUGACAUACAGGAAUCUCAAUCAGUCCAGAAAAAAUUCACAUUUAUAGUACAUCUGCUUUCUUUUGUAGAGGAUUAAGUUCUCCAUUCUUAUCUUUUGUAAGUUUUUUUUUUUUUUUUUUUUUUUGAGCGGAGAGUCCUAGAUUUUACACUGUACUGUAUAUAUAUAUAUAUAUAUAAAGCAGGGUUGUAGGAAAAUAGUGGAGAAUUUUGAGGACCUACUAAAAUGUGAUAAAAUCUGUUUAAAUGUGAUAUAUGUUGCAUAUUUUCACAAUGAGGUACUUUACUGUUGUGCAAUCAUAUAAAUGUUAAAUUGCAUGCUAAUAUGUAUACAAUGAUAAUAAUUAAAUAUCUUAUUGUAACUGAGAAAUCAGCUGAAUGUGAUAUACAGUCUCUCACAAAAGUGAUGGCACACUUGUGCUUUACAAAAGGAAACUGUAAUAAAAAUAAUUAAAAAAGCAUGUAAAAA